CAGUAGUUGAUUCUAUUCCAUCAACAUGUUGAAGUUCGUUAUUCUAUUGUCUGUCGCUGCUUGCGCUUUGGGCGCCGCCGUACCUGAGGGUAUGUUGCCCCAAUUGGAUGGCCGUAUUGUUGGCGGUGUUGCUACCACCAUCAGCUCCUUCCCCUGGCAAAUCUCUUUGCAACGUUCCGGCUCUCACUCCUGUGGUGGUUCCGUCUACUCUAGCAAAAUCAUUGUCACCGCUGCCCAUUGCUUGCAAUCCGUCUCCACCUCCGUCUUGAAGGUCCGUGCUGGUUCUUCCUACUGGAACUCUGGUGGUGUUUUGGUCUCUGUUGCCGCUUUCAAGAACCACGAAGGUUACAAUUCCCGCACCAUGGUUAACGAUAUUGCUGUCAUCCGUUUGUCUUCCUCCUUGACCAUGAGCUCCACCAUCAAGGCUAUCGGUUUGGCUUCUACUGCUCCCGCUAACGGAGCUGCUGCUUCCGUCUCUGGCUGGGGCACUACCUCUUAUGGUGGUUCCAUCCCAUCUCAAUUGCGUUAUGUCGAUGUUAAGAUUGUUGGCCGUACCCAAUGUGCUUCCUCCACCUAUGGUUAUGGUUCUGAAAUCAAGGCCAGCAUGAUCUGUGCCUACACUGUCGGUAAGGAUGCUUGCCAAGGUGAUUCCGGCGGCCCAUUGGUAUCCGGUGGUGUAUUGGUUGGUGUUGUCUCCUGGGGUCAAGGCUGUGCCUACACCAACUACCCUGGUGUCUAUGCUGAUGUUGCUUACCUCCGUUCGUGGGUUGUCAAUGCUGCCAACUCUGUUUAAAUUAUGAACUUGAAAUAAACGAAAAACGAUA